CGCGAGAACUUGAGUAACGGAAGCGCCUCUGCUCCACACUGCUGGCUUCUCUUUUUGCUUGCCUCCAAACUGAAUGUUCAUUGAGUAAUAUCCACACGGUUGAAGGUGAUGUGAGCUGCUGUCAUGAGCAGCAUGUCUCUGUUCGCCUGCGAGGAUCCAGACCGCUGGAGGAGAGUGUAUGAUCGGUACUGGGAUGUGGUGGAGGCCAGGGCUCAGGGGAAGAAGGCUGGGAAGCUGCUCCACCUCGACAAGUGGUACCAGCAGGAGCUUCCUGAACUGAUUCUAAGUCGACCUGAUAAACACGUCACUCUGCCAGAGAUGGUGAAGCUGAUGGAGUGGAAGCUCACUAGGGGGAAGUUCAGGCCGAGGCUGCAGCAGCUGGUGGCGUCCAACAGCGAGGACACGGUGCAGAAAUGCUCCAGGAAGGCUUUCAGCUGCCUGCCGGACGUGCAGGCGGCCGUCGCCGAGCUCAGCACCCUGAGGGGAAUCGGACCGGCCACCGCGUCAGCUGUUCUGGCUGCAGGAGCUCCAGAACUCGCAGCCUUCAUGUCUGACGAAGCCACGGAGAGCGUCCCGGGACUGAAGCCAGUGCAGUACACAGCCAAGCACUACGGCCUGUACCUGGACAAGAUGGCCGAGCGAGCUCAACAACUAAACCAAGCGGACCCGCAGCGGGACUGGACGCCCCACCGGCUGGAGCUGUGUCUGUGGGCCGUGGCCACGGACACACAGCAGCAGCUCCGACUUCUGAAGGACGUGGACGUGAGCGGCGGCGGCAGCGCCGCCGACAGCAAGCGGCGCUCAGAUCCAGACGCUCAGCAGAGGCCCACAAAGAAGCUCAAGACUGUAUGAAACCAAAGCUCCAACAUAUUACAUGAAAGAUGCUUUCAUCUUUUGCAGCUGUUUAAUGUUUUUCACAUAUUAUUAAAACCUUUAUAUGAA